CUGCUCCGCGCGGCAUACACGGAAGUGUCUUCUUCAUUCUGACAAUCCGGGCGUUUGUGAUCGCGUCUCGCCAGUUGGCGAUUACUACACAGAAUGAAAGGAAUGCGAGGGCCGGGGGAGAGCCGAGACACCGCCAUGGCCGUGGAGCAGGACAUAUUUGACGCCGUCGUGAUGGCGGAUGAGAGAUUCCAUGGGGAGGGAUAUCAGGAAGGCUAUGAAGAAGGCAGUAGCUUGGGGAUCGUUGAAGGAAAGCGGUAUGGCAUGGUACAUGGAGCCAAGAUUGGGUCUGAGAUUGGAUGCUACCGGGGUUUUGCUCUUGCAUGGAAGUGUCUCCUACACAGUGGCGCUGGUGAAAAAGACAGCAGGAAGAUGAAGGUGGUGGAGGCUCUGAUUGCGCUGCUGCAGGACUUUCCUUACGAUGAUCCCACUUAUGAGAAGCUCCAUGAAGACCUGGACAGAAUCAGAGGGAAGUUCAGGCAGUACCACUCUGCUGCACUGGCUGCCUGGCUGCUGCACCCCAGCGGAUUUCCUCAUGUCAGCCUACCUGGACACGAUAAGCUCGCUCCCCAGUGCUUCUAAGAACCAAGGGGGAAAGCACUCUUCCACCUCAAUGCCCUUUGGCCAUUUCCUGGAAUGCUGACGGCCCCAUGCCCAUUCUCCUGGAUGCCAUGUGACUGUGGACCCGGCUCGGAUGCUUAUAUGGAGCUGGGCUGACAAAAUACCUUCUGGAUCCUGCCAUCAGACAAUUUGGUACAAGAUGAGUACUGUGUCUUCAUAAGCCACCUCUGGCUCUGGUGUUCCCAUAUACUCUCAUUGAGUAGGUCGCCUGGCAAGGUCACUGUGGGCUUCUCUCCGUCCAUCUCUUUCUGCUUUCAUCAUUGGGUGGCACCACUCAGACCAGGUGUCAUCUACACCCUCCACUUUCCAGAAGGGCAGGGGCCCACCAGGCACCAAAACAGCCAAGCUGAGACCCAAAAGCUACCUUGUAGAAGAUGAUGUCUAAAAGCCACCUGUCCCCACAGGGUUUGGAAACAAUACUAGUCAUGAGUAACUGCCACCCCGAAGACAUCACAGGAGUCUUGCCAGGCCACUCAGGUCUGCAGAACUAUGUGAAAGGCCACCUUGGGUCUUGGCCCUAACACUAAGCAUGGCUCUCUGGGCGCUUGGCAGCACCUAAGAAACGGUGAUUCACCCAGAGCAAACACCCAUUUGCGCCAGACAAGGGGCAGUGAACGCGGGUUCUGUUGAUCUUCCAUCUGCAAAUAAGCAGGAGGGUGAGCUGGCAGUGAUGGACCCAGAGCCGCUUCUGAUCAGUGGCUGUCGCUGGCCUCCCUGACGCCAGAGGCUCCCACUUUGCUCUUGGCUGUCACUUGCAUACACCCUUCCCCUUGGGAAUCCCAGGUUGGUGCCAGGGCCAGAGAUGCCACCCCACAUGGCUGUGGCAUCACCCCACUCCUGUUCCCAGAAAACACAGACAACAGUGAGCUGAGAUUUUACCAAUUUUAUUUUCUAGAUUUUUUGUCUUUUUUUUUUUCCUGGACCAUGCUGGUCACAUGUCUGUGCUGGGAAGCGCCAUGGUGUGUCAACCAGAAAUACAAAAAGCCAACCUGGCCACCAGCCAGAGCCCCUCAAAGCCUUUCAUGUCACAGGGCAGAUUCCGUGGACCCACCACCAGUCUUUGGCCUUUUGGCCAAAACCUCACCCCAUCACCAUGGAUACAGCGGCCCUCAAGGGUCCUGCCUGGCUGGGAUGCCUCAGCUGAGCUGGUGGUGCCCGUUUUGGUUUGGCAGCUUGCUAGGGAACUUGGGGGCCUACAGCACUGCAGCUGGCUUCGCAAAGGCAGAGUCUUUACAUUAGCACAAUGCUGUAAUUAACACAAAACAAGACGGAACACUAGAACCUAACAGAUUAAAUGAUGCACCGGAGACUCAGAGCAAAUCCCCCCGGGCCAGCAGCAUGGUGGCAUGCACAACAGGCCGCUACAAGAAACAAUAUCGAUAACAGAACAAUCCAGGUGCCCUGACUGCUGUGAUGCUAUGUCCCAGAUCAAAUGAAGGGCCCAGCAUGACAGGACGAUCGCCAUCAGGGUCCCAGGAUCCCUGGAGGCAGACCGCCCACCUGCCUGCCAGGCUCGUGCAUGGCUAGAUGAUACAUGAGGUAUUGUGAACAGGAACCUGUUUUUUUUUUUUUUUUGGAAUACAGCGGUAAUCACAUUAAGCCAAAAUAGAUCACAAUUAAAAAAAAAAGUACAAAAAAGGGCAUCUGUAAAUACACUCUAUGAGGAAAUUAAAACUUGAACAUGGCAGUCUGACAUUGUAAAACAAAACAAAACAAAACUGACCCUCCAAUAGCAGCGAAAACAACGUGAAAGAUACAAAGCAAUGAGAAUCUGGUUCUGAACGUCUGGGAUCCUGGGAGUCAUCGGUAGCAGCGCCAUGAGAGGAGCCGUGGCCUGUCCCAUGUGGUCCCACCUUCACCUCUUCCCUCACAUCCCCUCUUAAGCCUCCCGCUCUCCACCUUCUGCCAAAAAGUCCUAAUAGAAAGGCACAGAGCCAGAGGUGUGCAAAUUACCUACUGUUGUUAACUUGGGGGCAGCGGCAAGAAUGUGCCAGAAUCAAACUCUUUUGGAGUCCCCUAAUUUUCCUCAGUUUGGAUGGCUCUCCAAUGGGGCCAAUUGGGUUGGGAAAGUCAAGCAGACCAAAUCUCUGUCUUUGUGGUUUUUUUUUUUUAAGGACCCCCCCCCCCCCCCCGUUGCCCAAUGAAAGACCAAUCUCUCAGACAUGGCCCUAAACCUUCUCCAGCAGGGCAGAGGUGUGCGUUUGAAUCAAGGGAGAUCACAUUGCUUUGAGUCACACUGGUCAUGGGCAGCCUUUCCCAUAAAUACUCUUCUGUAGCCUUAAGUAUAAAUUAGACAUUUUAGUGUUUAAAAGCCUCCUGUGUGAGACUUAAGAGUUGUCCCCAAUCUCCUUGUCCAGGUAAUGCCAUCAUGGUUCCUACUUCCAAACACCAGCUGGCACCAAAGGAUCCCUUCAACUUUGCAGGACAGAUCCCGGUGGUGCGAGAACAGAGUUCUCUCUUCUUGACCCAACAAAACUUCCCAAGCACCUCAUACUACCAGCCCUACAACCUGUUGUACAGCCAUCUGAAUGCGUGUGUGGACAUCCCCAUCCAUUCCAUUAGAACCCCUCCCCCCAACACACACCAGCAACACUGCCUCCAGCUAGCUGACCAAAAGUGCUUUGAAAUGGAAUGGUUUUGGAACAUAGAGAAAGAAAACACAACAAAACAAACCACACACAAAAGCUGUGGGUUUAACCUGAUGUGGGCAGGCUGCAGGGCCUUCAGGCAAAAACCAGCAUCUCUCUAAACAGAGCUACAAAAUAGGAAGGUUACAAAAAUAGAAUAUAUUAUGUCACUAUUUCAUCCCUACCGCUGUGUGGCUGGUGCUGUGAACCUGCAGGUUGUUGGGGGGAGAGGGCACAUUAAGCUGAGCCCUGGGGAGGGGGGUUGUGCCACACGCCAUGAGACCACUAGAGGUCGCACUGACCAUCUAUAAGGUUAAGAGGUCUGCCCACCCCUGGGAUAAAGCACAGGUAUCAGGUAACAGGGCUGUAGGCACUGAGCAAGCCAGGGAGUGAGGCUGAGGGCCUAAGCUGUGGCUUUUCAGCAAAGCAGAGUACAUUUCUCAACCUAAAAACUCUUCUACUUUAACAAUGGUUUGCUGUAUUUUUUUUCCUUCCUUUUUAAAGCAAUGUUUCUUAAGCUUUUUUUUAAAAACAUAUAAAAGAAUCAAAACUCCUUCUCAAGA